CGCAUCCGCUACACUCCCAGUCGGCUGGGCUUGGAGGAAGGUUGGUUGGGGUGGGGAAUGUACUCUAGGUAGCAAGCAGCGAGUGAGAUCCAUUCUGAAUUCCUAGCGGCACGUUAGCUCCGUGCAGCUAUGGCGACUGCCACCGUCUCCACGCCGCCGGCGUGUCGGCUUACAUCAAGCCAUAAAAUAACCCGUAGCCCUUUCCUUGGAGGCAAUGCCAGAAUCUGUCAGAUUCCCGCGCGAUUGCAGCUCAGGCAGAGGGCCUUGCGACAUCGUCAGGCGAAGCUGACGUGGACGGACGACAGCAGCCGCCGGCUCCGCGUGGCCGCUGAGGCAGCGAAUGACGGGGGCGCGGAGCUGGCAGUGGGGGACUUGGAAGCGGAGGCGGAAGUCAUCGAGGCGCAAAUUAAGGCUCUGCGCGAGGAGAACGCGAAGCUGCGCGAGCAGAUGAUCUUCACGCAGGAGGGGCCCAAGGUGGUGCCGCCACCGGGCGAGGGCAAGAGGAUCUUCGACACCGACGAGUACCUCAACGCGCACCGCAUCCACCUCGAGUACCGCUUCGGGCAGUACAAGAAGCUGCGGUGGGAGAUCGACCAGCACGAGGGCGGGCUCGAGAAGUUCUCGCGCGGCUACGAGAAGUUCGGCUUCAACCGCGUGCACAACGGCAUCGUGUACCGCGAGUGGGCUCCUGGCGCUUAUUCGGCGUCGCUGAUCGGCGACUUCAACAACUGGAACCCCAACGCCGACAUCAUGAAGAAGGACGAGUUCGGCGUGUGGGAGCUCUUCCUGCCCGACAAUCCCGAUGGCACCCCCGCCAUUCCCCACGGCUCGCGCGUCAAGAUCCACAUGGACACGCCGUCGGGGUGGAAGGACGCCAUUCCCGCGUGGAUUAAGUUCGCCGUGCAGGCGCCAGGCGAGAUCCCCUACAACGGCAUCUACUACGACCCGCCGCCGGAGGAGCGCCAUGUGUGGAAGAACGCGCGCCCCAAGCGGCCCCGAGCUCUGCGCAUCUACGAGGCGCACGUCGGCAUGAGCAGCACUGAGCCGCGAGUGAGCACGUACGCGGAGUUCCGCGACAACGUGCUGCCGCGCGUGCGCGACCUGGGGUACAACGCCAUCCAGCUCAUGGCCAUCCAGGAGCACGCCUACUACGGCUCCUUCGGGUACCACGUGACCAACUUCUUCGCCGUGAGCAGCCGCUGCGGCACGCCCGACGACCUCAAGAGCCUCAUCGACGCGGCGCACGGCAUGGGCAUCGUGGUGCUCAUGGACUGCGUGCACAGCCACGCGUCGAACAACGUGCUGGACGGGCUGAACAUGUUUGACGGCACGGACGGGCAGUACUUUCACUCGGGCGAGCGCGGGUACCACUGGAUGUGGGACUCGCGGCUGUUCAACUACGGGCACUGGGAGGUGCUGCGCUUCCUGCUCUCCAACCUGCGCUGGUGGCUCGAGGAGUACAAGUUCGACGGCUUCCGCUUCGAUGGCGUCACAUCCAUGAUGUACACGCACCACGGCCUGCAGAUGGCGUUCACGGGGAACUACGAGGAGUACUUUGGGUUCGCAACGGACGUGGAGGCGAUGGCGUACAUGAUGACGGCCAACGACAUGGUGCACGGGCUCUACCCCGACGCCGUCACCAUCGCCGAGGACGUCAGCGGCAUGCCCACGCUCUGCCAGCCCGUGGCGUGGGGUGGCGUCGGCUACGACUACCGCCUGCAGAUGGCCAUCGCCGACAAGUGGAUCGAGCUGCUGUCGGAGCAGACGGACGAGCAGUGGCAGAUGGGCGACAUUGUGCACACGCUCACCAACCGGCGGUGGAUGGAGAAGUCCAUUGCGUACGCGGAGAGCCACGACCAGGCGCUGGUGGGGGACAAGACGAUCGCGUUCUGGCUGAUGGACAAGGACAUGUACGACUUCAUGGCGCUCGACGGCCCCUCCACGCCCCGCGUGGACCGCGGCAUCGCGCUGCACAAGAUGAUCCGCCUGCUCACCAUGGCGCUGGGCGGCGAGGGCUACCUCAACUUCAUGGGCAACGAGUUCGGCCACCCCGAGUGGAUUGACUUCCCGCGCUGGGACUUCACGACCCCGGCGGGCAAGUUCAUCCCGGGCAACGGCGGCAGCUACCACCUCUGCCGGCGCCGCUUUGACCUGGCGGACGCCGCGUUCCUGCGGUACAAGGGGCUCAACGACUUCGACCAGGCCAUGCAGCACCUCGAGGAGACCUACAAGUUCAUCUCGUCGGAGCACCAGUAUGUGUCGCGCAAGGACGAGGGCGACAAGCUGAUUGUGUUUGAGCGCGGCGACCUGGUGUUUGUCUUCAACCUGCACUGGCAGAAUUCCUACACCGACUACCGCAUCGGCUGCAACAGGCCCGGCAAAUACAAGGUGGUGCUGGACUCAGACGAGGGCCGCUUUGGCGGCUACAACCGCAUCGACCACAACGCCUCCUACUUCUCACAGGAGGGGUGGCACGACGGCCGGCCGCACUCGUUCCAGGUGUAUGCGCCGUCGCGCACGGCGGUGGUGUACGGGCCGGCGGACUACGAGGACCCUCUCAUCGAGUACUGCGAAGAAAACCCCGAGACCGACGAGUGCCGCACCUACGACGAGUGAUGUGGCGCCCAGCACACAGGCGCCCCGUGCUGCUGCACCCUGCUCACCUCGACGAUCGCACCGCCCUUGCCAUCCACCCAUCCGCGUGUCCAUCAGGCACACCCAGCCACCGACCCAUACUCCUCCCAUGCCAUGCUAUUGAGCGCCUUGACAUGUCCCCCUGGCCUGCUUUUGUCAAUGCUCUAGCUCUGUUUGCCACGCUGCUUCGGGUGACUGAAAUUAUACAGCUUUCCACUGGAGAUAGCAUUAUCAGGGAGUGGCAUCUUGCUUGUCUACUGCCUGUUGAUACUUGAUUGUGUUUACUGUUUUGAUAAUAACACUUCAGGUGUUUUAUUGACUGCUGGCACCACCAACCAUAUACCGUAGCUAAUUCUGUGUUGUAACAAUAUGGAC